CCCGGAAGGAGGGAGGAAGCGGAGGCUGAAUUAAUCCCAGCCCCAAGAAUAGGGCCCAGGUGUCCCCGCUUCCUGCCGGCUCCGCGCUUCUCCCGGAGCUGCCCUGAAGCCUCGAGGAGGAGGGGGGUAUCCAGGGCAGCCCCCUCCGUUCUGCCCCAGGCACCGCGCAGCCCCCAGCCAUGGAAGCCACCACCUCUCUGCUGGAUGCUGCGGCCGUCGGGGAUCUGGUGAUGCUGGACCCGCUCAGCGAGGAGGCCCUGCUCCGCACCCUGCAGGAGCGCUUCAGCCGCGGGGAAAUCUAUACGUACAUUGGGGAGGUGGUGAUCUCAGUGAACCCCUACAAGCCGUUGCCCAUCUACACCCCCGAGAAGGUGGAGGAGUACCACAACUGCAACUUCUUUGCUGUGAAACCCCACAUCUACGCCAUUGCUGAUGAUGCAUAUUGCUCACUGCGGGACCGGGACCGGGACCAGUGCAUCCUCAUCACUGGUGAAAGUGGAGCUGGCAAGACAGAGGCCAGCAAGCUGGUGAUGUCCUAUGUGGCGGCCGUGAGCAGCAAAGGGGAGGAGGUGGACAAAGUGAAGGAGCAGCUGCUGCAGUCCAACCCUGUGCUGGAGGGUGAGUGCCCCACACACCCCAGGACUCACCCUCCCCACCCCCCCCCAAAACUGUCCGGCACAGAGCUGCAGGAGAUCAGCCAGCUGAUCGGGCUGGACCCCAGCACUCUGGAGCAGGCGCUGUGCUCACGCACUGUGAAGGUGCGGGAUGAGAGCGUGCUGACUGCGCUCAGCGUCUCCCAGGGCUACUACGGCCGUGAUGCAUUGGCCAAGAACAUCUACAGCCGCCUGUUCGACUGGCUGGUGAACCGCAUCAACACCAGCAUCAAGGUGAAGCCAGGAAAGCAGAGGAAGGUGAUGGGAGUCCUGGAUAUCUACGGCUUCGAGAUCUUCCAGGACAACGGCUUCGAGCAGUUCAUCAUCAACUACUGCAACGAGAAGCUGCAGCAGAUCUUCAUCCUGAUGACGCUGAAGGAGGAGCAGGAGGAAUACGUCCGAGAGGGCAUCCAGUGGACGCCAGUGGAGUUUUUUGACAACAGCAUCAUCUGCGACCUCAUUGAGAACAGCAAGAUUGGAAUCCUGGCCAUGCUGGACGAGGAGUGCCUGCGGCCCGGCACCGUGAACGAGGACACCUUCAUCACCAAACUGAACCAGAUCUUCGCCUCCCACAAACGCUAUGAGAGCAAAGAGACGCUGAACGCCAAACACGUCACCGACGUCAGCCUGCCGCUGCGCUGCUUCCGCAUCCACCACUAUGCUGGGAAGGUGACCUACAACGUGACAGGCUUCAUCGAGAAGAACAACGACCUGCUGUUCCGUGACCUGUCCCAGGCCAUGUGGGCCGCCCGGCACACUCUGCUGCGCUCCCUCUUCCCCGAGGGUGACCCCCAAAGACCCUCCCUCAAACUGCCCCCCACCACCGGCUCCCAGUUCAAGGCAUCUGUGGCGACGCUGAUGAAGAACCUCUACUCCAAGAACCCCAACUACAUCAGGUGCAUCAAACCCAAUGACACCAAGACAGCAAUGCUCUUCACUCCGGAUCUGGUGCUGGCUCAGGUGCGCUACCUGGGGCUGAUGGAGAACGUGCGGGUACGGCGUGCAGGCUACGCCUUCCGCCAGCUCUACCAGCCCUUCCUGAAGCGCUACAAGAUGCUGAGCAGGAGGACCUGGCCCCACUGGAUGGGCAGUGACAGGGAGGGCACUGAGGUGCUGCUGGCGGAGCUGAAGUUCCCCCCCGAGGAGGUGGCGUACGGCCACACCAAAAUCUUCAUCCGCUCGCCACGAACUCUCUUUGACCUGGAGAAGCGGCGCCAGCAGCGCGUGGCCGAGUUGGCCACCCUCAUCCAGGCGACGUUCCGCGGUUGGCGCUGCCAGAAGCGGUACCAGCUGAUGCGCAAGAGCCAAAUCCUCAUCUCCGCAUGGUUCCGCGGCCAUGCGCAAAGGAACCGGUACAAGCAGAUGAAGCGCUCGGUGCUGCUGCUGCAGGCGUACGCACGGGGCUGGAAGUCCCGCCGGCUCCUUCGGGAGCUGAAGGUUCAGCGCCGCCGCCAUUUGGCCGCCAGCACCAUUUCUGCAUACUGGAAAGGGUAUCAGACCCGCAGGACGUACCGCCGCUAUUUCCGCUCCGACGCCCGCACGCGUCUGUCCAACUUCAUCUACCGGCGGAUGGUGCAGAAGUACCUCAUGGGGCUGCAGAAGAACCUCCCCCCGAUGGCAGUGCUGGACCGGACCUGGCCCCCUGCACCCUAUAAGUUCCUGUCUGACGCCAACCAGGAGCUGAAGGGCAUCUUCUACCGCUGGAAGUGUAAGAAGUACCGGGAGCAGCUCUCCCCGCAGCAGCGCGCCGUGCUGCAGGCCAAGCUGUGCGCCAGCGAGCUGUUCAAGGACAAGAAGGCGCUGUAUGCACAGAGCCUGCAGCAGCCCUUCCGUGGUGAGUACCUGGGCCUGACGCAGAACCGCAAGUACCAAAAGCUGCAGGCGGUGGCCAAGGAUAAGCUGGUGAUGGCCGAGGCGGUGCAGAAGGUGAACAGAGCCAACGGGAAGACGGUGCCGCGGCUGCUGCUGCUCACCACCGAGCACCUGGUGCUGGCGGACCCCAAAGCAGCGCAGCCCAAAAUGGUGCUCAGCCUCAGCGACAUCCGCGGAGCCUCCGUCAGCCGCUUCUCCGACGGGCUGCUGGCGCUGCACCUCAAGGAGACGUCCACUGCUGGGGGUAAAGGUGACCUCCUGCUGGUGAGCCCCCACCUCAUCGAGCUCGUCACCCGCCUGCACCAGACCCUGAUGGAUGCCACCGCGCAGGCGCUGCCGCUGAGCAUCGCCGACCAGUUCUCCACGCGGUUCCCCAAGGGCGAUGUGGCCGUCACCGUGGUGGAGUCGGCCAAAGGCAGCAGCGACGUCCCGGUCUGCAAGAAGCGUGGCAGCCACAAGAUGGAGAUCCUGGUUCACUGAGAGGGGGAGGUGGGGGACCGGGGGUCCACCACACCCCCCCUGCACCGCACGGGAACUGCUGCCAUCCCAUUAAACGUGUUCCGGUGUCCGUAUGUGGGGGCUGUCAUC